GCAGCAUCGUCAGGUUCUGUGGACAAUGCUCUCUUUCUUUUGGCUGCAACCAGAAGGGAGGGUUUCAUCUCUGCUGGAAUCCAAAAUAGUCCAUUUCUGCCUUUGCUCCUGUGCCUGAAUUCCUUCGCAGUGUUGGUUGCUGAGUGCCUUCCAAUCAGGCCAGAGUUCUAGAGACCUUCAGCCUAUCAGAGGAGGGUUUUCUUAGCGCAGCCUUGGCGGAGCCUCGGAGGCUGAGAGAGUGUGACUCGCCCAAGGUCAGGCGCCCAAGGUUGAGCCCGCCCAGAUUUCCGCUUCCGACCUUCGCCGGGUGCCCGCCGCGUGGGUUUGGCUGUCUUGGAGAGGGAAAGGAAGAGAGGCUGCAGCCUGGAGCAGAGCUGAACCGGAUCCAAGCAAGAUCCAACAACAAAGCUGUUAGUUGCCAUCAGCUGUCUUCUCAAACUGCAUCAUGCCUCUUCUACACCGCUUAUGCUACAUCGGGUUCCAUGUUCUUGAGAAGGAACAUCUGGCCAAAGACCUGGUGAGUAAGUUUGGCUUUGAGUUGUUUGCAACACGGAAAGCAGAGUCGAGCAGGCAGUUGGCUUUGCGAAGAGGGGAUGCAAUUUUUGUCGUCAAUGAAAAACGGCAGGAGAUACCUGGAGAAGUUGCACCUGAGCCGUCUUCUGAUAGUGGGAUCCUCUACGAUGUGGACCUUCAGUAUGCUGUCAGCACAGCCUCCAACAUUGGCUUUGAAACAGAAGAUGUACCUGGCUUCACUCUGAGUCUGCAGGAACGUGGCUGCCAGGUCCUUAUCCCUCCCACCACUGUAGCAGAUGAGGAUGGCUGUGUCAUUUAUUCUGUGGUGAAAUCUAUUGUGGGCAACAUCAGCCACACUCUACUUGACCGGUCUCAAUAUUGUGGACUAUUCUUGCCUGGCUUCCAGGUUGAGAAAGAUGCCCUCAACAAGUUCCAGAAGAUUGGGGAGAUCACACACUUUGACCACAUCACUUUUGUUUGCCCCCAGGGCAGUACUCAAGCUUUACUGGAGUGGUAUGAGACCUGCUUUGAUUUCCAGCGCUUCCUGGUCCACAAGCAAGAUGACAUUGCAGAGGGCUAUGUAAUCCAUGGGGCUGGUGUGGGUCUUCGCCUCACUGCCAUGUGGUACAGUGGGCUUGAACAUGACUGUAAAUUUAUUCUGGCAGAGUCAAUGCCAAAGCAGAGGCAAAACCAGGUGGACAGUUUCUUAGAGCAGCAUGGUGGGGCUGGCAUCCAACACGUAGCCCUCUAUUCCACAGAUAUCAUAAGUACUGUUGCAGCCAUGGCCAAGUCUGGAGUAAACUUUGUCAAAACGCCCUUAGCGUAUUACACUGAGAAAAGAAAGAUGCAGGAGAUACAGCGAUCUGGGCAGAAUCUUCAGCUCUUAAAAGAUCAUGGAAUUCUUCUGGAUGCUGCCGUAGAUGAGGAAGGAGACCAGAGUGACUCAGCCCUCCAUGGGAAACAAUUCCUGAUGCAGAUCUUCACCAAGCCACUCUUUAGAGAGGAGACAUUCUUUCUGGAAGUCAUAGAGCGAUGUGGGGCUGCAGGUUUUGGAGAGGGAAAUAUCCGUGCUCUUUGGCAAGCUGUACAGAAUUACUUGGGCCAUCAGUAGGGAGAGAUUCUUUAGUUCUCAACGCAAAUAAUCCUUUUGUGAUGUCACUGCUCUUGCAAGCCUACUUUUGGCGCUUGUGUUCCCAUGUCAGAUUAAUAAUUUGCCUA